GAGCAUAGCGUAGAGUUCUUCCCUUUUCGCCGUUUGUCCAUCACAGGAAGGAAGAACGCAACCAUGGCCGACCAGUACGCAGACGAGGUGGCCGUUGAGCAGACUGGAGAGAUCCUUCUGUACAACAAGUGGAGCUACGAAGGUGUUGAAAUCCGUGACAUAUCUCUUCAGGACUACCUGAUGGUCAUGCAACACCCCGUGUACUCGCCCCACACUGCUGGACGGUACCAACAAAAGCGGUUCCGUAAGGCACAGUGCCCCAUUGUGGAGCGUCUUGCCAACUCUCUGAUGAUGCACGGUCGCAACAACGGAAAGAAGCUUAUGACCAUCCGCAUCGUUAAGCACGCGUUCGAGAUCAUCCACCUCUUGACGGACCAGAACCCCAUCCAGGUGUUGGUUGACGCCAUCAUCAACACCGGACCCCGCGAAGACUCCACCCGUAUUGGUUCGCAGGGUACCGUACGUCGUCAGGCCGUCGAUGUGUCCCCUCUCCGUCGUGUAAACCAAGCCAUCUGGCUUUUGACCACUGGCGCUCGCGAGGCUGCUUUCCGUAACGUCAAGACCAUCGCUGAGUGCCUGGCUGAUGAGCUCAUCAACGCUGCUAAGGGCUCUUCCAACUCUUACGCUAUCAAGAAGAAGGACGAGUUGGAGCGUGUUGCCAAGUCCAACCGUUAAGGAGCGAGCGAUAUGGAUGGGCUGGCACGCGGAUGUCCGUGGUGUCGGCUUUGGUGGUGCUUGGGAGGUCUGUGUACAAUGCAAAUAUAUAAACAAAUUACACUUGUUGGACUACAGAUCGAGACAGUGGACGUGUUAGCCAGCUAACGCCCUAAGAUAUCAAUAUACUAAUCGGACAUGUGGUGGAAACAUUAGUCUGCCAAGACAAGA